AUGCCGCACGCAGAUUCAGCUCUGGCAGGCAUUGCCGCUGCUGGCAAUGACCCAGAAGCGCUCGCUGAAGCAAUUGAACAGGCUUCCUUUCUUGAUGCCACACCUGGCGAGGACCGCCAGAAACUGCGUGCUGCAAGGACAAAGCUGAAGAAGAUGCUGAAAGAUGAGGAGGCGAAGAAGGCAGCGGCUGUUGCAAAGUCCGCAGCUGACAGGUCACCUCACGCUAAGGAGUCCUACGAUGUCAGUGAGUUUGCAGCUCUGGUUGAGAAGUACGAGAAGCUCAACUGGAAGAUCAUCUCCAAGCCUGGAGGAGCCACCGUGAAGCCAGACGACUUCUACACCCUCUAUGGGCUGCACAUGGUGGCCGUGAAUGGGGAGAACACAGCGGAGCGUCCCAUGUGGACGGAGAAGGGUGGAUUGGACUUUGAAGGGCGGGCCAAGUGGGACGCCUGGGCCGCCGUCAAGGGCACCAAGCCCGACAAGGCCAAGCUCGAGUUUGUCAGGGCGUACUAUGAGUUUCCUGUGAAGGCCCUGUACACGGACACGCGCUAA